AUGUCUAAGGGCCCCGUCCCCAGUUCACCAUCCGCCUCGUCCGCUUCCCCGGCAGCAGUGGCGAGCGGAGCGCUCCAGGCGCAGCCCGAGAAGCCGCAGCACUACACAUAUCUGAAAGAAUUUCGGACUGAGCAGUGCCCCUUAUUUGUACAGCACAAAUGUACUCAGCAUAGGCCCUAUACUUGUUUCCAUUGGCACUUUGUCAACCAGCGGCGGCGGAGGUCAGUACGACGUAGAGACGGGACAUUUAACUACAGCCCAGACAUCUACUGUACAAAGUAUGAUGAGACUACAGGCCUGUGCCCUGAAGGAGAUGAUUGCCCCUUCCUACACAGAACGACAGGGGAUACAGAAAGAAGGUACCACCUACGCUAUUACAAAACUGGCAUCUGCAUCCACGAGACAGACUCCAAGGGUCAUUGUACCAAGAAUGGGCAGCACUGUGCCUUCGCCCAUGGGCCCCAUGAUCUACGCUCCCCUGUGUAUGAUAUAAGGGAGCUGCAAGCUAUGGAGGCACUGCAGAAUGGACAGACACCCCUGGAUGGAAGUAUGGAAGGGCAGACCGCUGUAGCUGCAAGCCAUGCCAUGAUAGAAAAGAUUUUAGGAGAAGAGCCACGGUGGCAGGAUACCACAUAUGUUCUUGGACACUACAAGACAGAGCAGUGUAAAAAGCCUCCACGACUUUGUCGACAAGGUUACGCAUGUCCUUAUUAUCACAAUAGCAAAGAUAGGAGGAGAAGUCCACGCCAAAAUAAGUACAGGUCUUCCCCGUGUCCAAAUGUAAAACAUGGCGAUGAAUGGGGUGACCCUAGUAAGUGUGAAAGUGGAGAUUCAUGUCAAUACUGUCACACAAGAACAGAACAGCAAUUCCACCCUGAGAUUUACAAAUCUACAAAGUGCAACGAUAUGCAACAGUCUGGCAGCUGUCCACGUGGGCCGUUUUGUGCCUUUGCACAUGUUGAACAGUCUCUUCUAUGUGAUGACUUACAAUCUCCUUCAGCUGUGUCAAGCCCUACACAAACUGGACCUAUUAUGUAUAUGCCUUCGGCUGCUGGAGACUCUGUUCCUGUGAGCCCAUCCAGCCCCCAUGCACCAGACUUCAGCAGUAUACUAUGUGCCAGCAUAGGAAGCCCAACUCAUCGUUGCGGCUCUCCCCCGGGAUCCCUUGGGAAGCCACAGAACCUGGAUAGCCUUGGUUUUCAUGGUGACCUCUCAGGCAGCUACAAAAAAGCCCCAGGGUGUGAGAGGGAAGACUCCGCAGGGACAGAUUAUCUUAAGAGCUUUAAAAGCCAGGCAAAGUUAAAACCGCACCCGAUGGAGCACAGAGGUCAAGAUCAAUCUCUUCUACAGUCAAAGCAGGAUGCAUUAGGAAUAAUGCCAAUGGGGAGUCCACUGACCUCCAGCAUUUCCUCUAGUAUUACUUCUAGUCUAGCUGCAACUCCCCCCAGCCCUGCAGCCAUAAGUGGUACUCCUGGUAUGAAUGCCAAUGCUCUUCCGUUCUACCCAACCAGUGACACAGUAGAAUCUGUCAUAGAAUCUGCCCUGGAUGAUCUUGAUUUAAAUGAUUUUGGUGUUGCUGCUUUAGAGAAGUCGUUUGAUAAUACCACAGUUGCCACAUCUGGCGGUAUAAUGAUAGGUGGCAGCCUAAUGCAGAGUUCUGCACCUGUAAACAUCCCUGGAUCCUUAGGCAGCUCAGCAUCCUUCCAUUCCACAUCUCCAUCUCCACCUGUCAGCAUCUCCUCACACUUUAUGCACCAGACCCCUGGAGCACACAGCCAAUCAGAAAACACCUUUCUCAGUACAUCAGCCACUCAUGGUUCACUAGGCUUAAACGGCAUGAAUAAUAGUAUAUGGGAACAUUUUGUGUCGGGCAGCUAUUCUCCUGGGACGUCACCUGCAUUCCCCUCUGGAGCAGGUGGGGCCGAGCUUGUUAGAUUACGUCAGGAGCUGGAAGAGGCCAGUAACACUAUCAAACAAUGGGAGGACUCUUGGAAACAAGCUAAACAGGCCUGUGAUGCCUGGAAGAAAGAGGCAGAAGAAGCUAACGAGCGGGCGACAGCAGCUAGCAUGGAAUGUGAACUUGCGCGGGAGCAGAGAGAUGCCCUGGAGCUGCAAGUGAAGAAACUGCAGGAGGAGCUGGAAAGAAUUCCUGGAACACAAGAUUCUAAAUUACUUAGCUCUGUUUCUGAAUUAGAAAAUCUCCCUUUAUCCACGUUAUAUAACAUUCAGAAGCAGCUACAUGCCAGCUUGGAAAGAGUUGAAAAGGCAGUUUACCAGCUCCAAUCAGUAAAAUGUCACAAGUGUCAGGACCAGAAUAGAGCAAUGCUACAGUGCCAACAUGGCGUGCUUUGUGAAGUAUGUGCUGCUGAAGAUGGAGACUGCCCUAACUGUCAGCUUAAUAUAACACCCGUUCUGCAGCCAUGA